CGGUGGCAGCAGUGGCGUAUCGCGGGGAGUGCCUUGAGUUUACGUUUCGGGGAGAAUUAGUUGAGAUAAACGUUACCUAAAAAAACAAAUUAAACUGCCAAAAUACACGCAGAACCACCCAACAGCAGCGGAGUUCAGUUCCGUUAUGUGGACAGGGGUAAUAUCCCGUUAAUUCAGUUAUCUGGGCCUGGCGAGGGAGGAUAAUCCCCGGGCUCACCUGUGGACCGGGGCCGGGAAAAGGUGGGGGAGAGCGCGGACGGGGGGAGGCGGAGAGGACCCUUGGAAUUCUAUCUUUGAAAUAGGAAUCUUAAUGCUGAUUGUCUGUACUCCGGAGGCCGAAACAGUACGACAAAAAAACCGAUUAACUAGCAGCUGUACUGUGAGCAGACGACUGGAAUAAACGAACAAUCGAUUUGGAAGUUUAUUGUCUUUAAGUUCAGUUUUUUUUCACUGUCAUCUCUUAUUUAUACUGCGGGCUGAGAUGCUUACAACCUGUCUAUUGGAAUAAGAAUUUUCCUCAAUGGGGAAAAAACAGCAUGACUGCAUAUUAGAGCAGAAAAGCACUCGAAUAAUGAUUGUGAACAACUAAGUAUCAUAUAGUUGUGGUACUCCCAUAGACAGUAGUUAAUUACCUAUUAAUAUAAGGACGUGGUACCUAGAAUGACAGACGCCCGACUUUAAUACAUUUUCUAUCAAUUAUGUUCCUCUUAAGUUAAAAAAAUUCUUACAGCACUUAUUUUUUGAUCGUCCUCGAUUUUCUUUUUUCCCUUAAUUAAGUUUACUAGCUACCAGUAUUACUACUAGUAACCAUUUGCUUUCCUGAUUACUAUUUCAUUAUUGAUUUACGGUAUGUGCUAAAGAUCUGGCUUCUUUUCUAAACAAGGCCAUCUCUAUUAAAAUACUGAUGGGACCGGUUUUAAUAAUAAAGCGAAUUAUUUGUUUGGAUGCUGCUCUUUUUUGAACGCUGGAUGUAUUCCAGCACAGAAAUCCAGACACAUCUGUUUAGUGUUUUUCUGCUUUUGCAAUUUCAACUCUCUUCGAGACAUUAAGACCUAGUUCCACAACAUUUACUUUAUUAAGCAACAAUAUAAAAAUGAACCGCUAUCUGCCAGUCGCCCGCCAACACUUUCUGGCUGCCCUAGCCAGCACCAGCGUGGUGGUCAAAGCCAUCUGUGCCAUAGUCAUCCUUUUGUACCUGCUCUCUCUAGUGGUGGACACUGUCUACGUGCUGGGGGUGACACCUGGCUUUCUCUUUCCCCCGAACUUCUGGAUCUGGACCCUGGCCACCCACGCGGUGACAGAACAGCACGUGUGGGAUGUGGUGGUUAGCCUGGCCACGGUGAUCGUGGCCGGGAGGCUGCUGGAGCCCCUGUGGGGUGCCCUGGAGCUGCUCAUUUUCUUUGCCGUCGUCAACAUCUCCGUGGGCCUCCUGGCCGGCUUCUCUUACCUGCUCACCUACAUCUCCACCUUCAACCUGGACUACCUGUUUGAGGUGCGGGUCCACGGCAUGCUGGGCUUCUUGGGAGGAGUGCUGGUGGCCCUCAAGCAGACGAUGGGUGACUCCACAGUGCUGCGCGUGCCCCAGGUGCGGCUCAAGGUGGCCCCCAUGCUGGUGCUGCUGGCCCUGGCCGUCCUGCGCCUCACCACGCUGAUGGACACCACGGCCCCGCUGGCAGCGUACGGCUACGGUGUGCUCUCUGGGUGGGUGUACCUGCGAUUUUACCAGAAGCACAGCCGUGGCCGGGGGGACAUGUCGGACCACUUUGCCUUUGCCUCUUUCUUCCCAGAGAUCCUGCAGCCACUGGUGGGCCUCCUGGCUGGGCUGGUGCACAGCAUACUGGUCAAGGUGAAGGUGUGCCGCAAAACCGUCAAGCGGUACGACGUGGGGGCACCUUCCUCCAUCACCAUCAGCCUGCCCGGCACUGACCCUCAAGAUGCUGAGAGGAGAAGGCAGCUUGCCCUGAAGGCUUUGAACGAACGUCUGAAGCGAGUGGAGGACCAGUCUGCCUGGCCGAACAUGGAGGAGGAGGAAGAGGAUGAAAGUGGAGCUGACGUGCCGCUCCUCCCUGGACGUGAGGCCCCAUCCUCGGCUGGGGUGGGCGGUGGCCAGGAGUCCAGCAUCAUCAGCUUCGAGGACGCACCUUUACAAUCCUAAUGCCACAGCUGAGACUGACAUGAGACCAACAGAGAGAGAUACGCAUUCAGCUGCUAACCAUCAGGAGGGACCUCCUUGCACUUGUUAACGGGAGAAGUAACAGUUAAAACAAAAUCAUAUAUAUAUAAAAAACAAAGUAAAAAUCCUACAUCAGCGUUAGAUCCAUUUACAGUUGGGCAGGGGCAGGUUUUUAUUUCUCUCUUUCAGCCAGUAGGUUUAAACUCUAAAGUCUGCCGGACAGUUUCCCUGACUUGCCAGGCGCCUGCUGGAAUUUCAUUGCUAAAGUCCAUGUACCGUGUUGUUUCCUAAACAAAGGUUUCAGCUGAAAGUGCUACAUAUACAAUUAAUAGGAUACCCUUUGUGCUACCAGUUAGUCAUGGUUGUGUCCGAUUUGUAAACCUUUCCUUUUUUUUUUUUUUUUUCACAUAAACUUUAGAAAUGCUUGCAAACAGCUUCCAUUUUCGUUUUUAAAUGCUUAAAGGUGUAUUUGUACUUCAAUAAAUCUUUGAAAUUGUGAAAUCUUCCUACUUGAGAGACGUUCUGUAUCUUAGAUGAUCAGUUUCCCAAAUUUUCUAGGCUUUGCAGAAAAAUUGUUGUGUUCAGUUUCUGUAGAAUAUCAGAACAAUCCCACACUCCUGAAUCAUACUUUUGCUUUAACAUGUGGAAUAAAGAUCUUGUAUAACAAAAAGACACAUCUAUCCCGAGCAUUGUUAAAGUAGAACUGUAAUUGAUGUUGGGUUUUAUCAUUGCAUUAUGUGGAGGCUCUCUUUUACCUUGGCGCUGUGAAAUUAUACACUCGCCUUUUAUCUUUGGAGGCCAGGGUUUGAUUUCUGCUUCAGUCCCAAAAUGCCCAACCAUGAGCUACUUCUUGAUUGUUUCCACACUUC